CGAGCCGGAGGCUGGGAGCUCAGCGGCAGGCCUUGGGGGGACCCCUCUCCCGCCCUUCCCACUCCUCAAGCGCCCUGCCCGGGGCCGUCGUCCUCGUCCUCCGACCACCAGCACAAUGGCGUCCCCGCGGGGCCGGGACGCGCGCCGCCCUCCCUGCUCUCCGUGGCGGCCAUCUUAGGGAGGAGACGCGGGUCAGUGCCGGCGGCGGAAGAAGCCCUCCUCGUGGACGCGGUCGGCUUGGAAGGGUACUUUUGAAGGAUUUUGAGGGUAGAGAAGAGGAAUACGAAAAAGGAGAGGAGCAGGCAGAAGAGCCGCUGUCACCCAGGGCGGGAGUGCGGCGUGGAGCCCCCACGUCAGUAACGGGGUCUGAGAGCGCUGAGCACGACGGGCGCCCGGGUCAGACCAAAGGGACCCUCAGAGCGGAGGAGAGAGCCCAGCGAAAAGGGGUGGAGAGGAAAAGGCGACCAGAAAGUUAGAACUUGAUGGUGGAAAACCAAGCAUUCUUUGUGUUUGCCCUUAGAAUCCAGCCACGGUGCUGUGAAGACGCCCAGACUCCCCGUGGAGAGGCCCACAGAGGGCGCGACCAGAGCUGGCACCAGCUUGCCGGCCGGGGCUGGCAGGCUGUCAUGGCGACCGGCGGGGACCCAGAGGAGGAGCAGGUCGUCCCAAGUGAAGAGGAUGAAGCCAGUGUGAGGGCCGUGCAGGCCCAGUACCUCCGGAGCCCCUCCCCCAGCCAGUACUCCAUGGUCUCAGACGCAGAAACAGAAAGCAUUUUCAUGGAGCCCAUUCACCUCUCCUCGGCCGUUGCAGCUAAAAAGAUCAUCAAUGAAGAAUUCAAGCCACGGGGCAUCCGAGCCAAGGCAGAGUGUCCAGGCUUGCUGGAGUCGGCCGAGCAGCUGCUGGUGGAGGACUUGUACAACCGCGUCAGGGAGAAGAUGGACGACACCAGCCUCUACAACACCCCCUGCGUCCUGGAUCUGCAGCGGGCCUUGGUCCGAGAUCGCCAGGAGAUCCCCUGGAAUGAGGUGGAUGAGGUCUGGCCCAAUAUCUUCAUAGCAGAGAAGAGCGUAGCCGUGAACAAGGGGAGGCUGAAGAGGCUGGGAAUCACUCACAUCCUCAAUGCUGCUCACGGCACUGGCGUCUACACUGGGCCCGAAUUCUACACUGGCCUGGAGAUUCAGUACCUGGGUGUGGAGGUGGAUGACUUUCCCGAGGUGGACAUCUCCCAGCAUUUCCGGAAGGCCGCCGAGUUCCUCGAUGAAGCCCUGCUGACCUAUAGAGGGAAGGUCCUGGUCAGCAGCGAGAUGGGCGUCAGCCGGUCGGCGGCGCUGGUGGUGGCCUACCUGAUGAUCUUCCACGACAUGGCCGUCCUGGACGCCCUGAGGGCGGUGCGCCGCAGGCGGGCCAUCCGCCCCAACGACGGCUUCCUGCGGCAGCUGCGGGAGCUCAACGAGAGGCUGAUGGACGAGAGGGACGGCGACGGCCCGGAGGCGGGGGCGGACGCGGACGCGCGCAGGGCCCGGGUGCGCGCCCUCUCGGUGGCGGAGGAGGACGACGGCCGCAGCCUUCUGAGCGGCUCCUCCCUGGGGGGGGCCAGCGCGGCCUCGGGGCCCCCCGCCCUCACUGACGAGGAGGAGGAGGAGGAGGAGGAGGAGGAGCCGCGUGCGGAGUGGGAGGGGGGGCAGGGCCUCCCCGCGGGCGGGAGUGGCCGGCGCUCGGCCCCCGGCCCGGGUGCGGAGGGGCCUGAACACGAGGCUGUGGAGCGGCGGAUCCGGGAGUGGCAGAGCCGGAACGAGCGGCACCAGGCCGAGGGGCACCAGAGGUGGGGGAGGGAGGAGGCGGAGGGGGAGCGGGAGGGGGAGGAGGCGGAGGGGGAGGGGGAGGAGGAGGAGGAGAGCCGCGCCGCGCGGGCCCUGACGCGGCAGCUGCGGACGCGCACCGGGGGCGCGGGCGCCGCGUGGGGCCCGGGGCUGCUGCAGGCGGGGGCGGGGGCGGCCCGGGGGCGCCGGGAGGCGGACGCGGGCUCCGAGGCGCCGGAGGACGACGCGGAGAGCGUGUCCUCGGGGCGCAGCUCGUUCUACGGCUUCUGCGGCAGGAACAGGGACACGCUCACUGCCCUGGAAAGGUGGAAGGUCAAGAGGAUCCAGUUUGGAUUCCACAGGAGAGAGCUGGGGGCGGGGGACCCCGGCGGCGAGCCGGGGGCAGGGGGGGCGCGGGGCGAGGAGCCGCUCCCCGACGUGAGCCUGACCGCCUACCAGGCCUGGAAGCUGAAGCACCAGAGGCAGGCGGGCGGCGGGCGCAGGGAGGAGGCAGCGGAGCUCGGCCGGCCGGACGCCGCCGCCUCGGCCAAGAGGAGGCAGCGGAGGCUGGAGCUGCUGGAGAGGAGCCGGCAGGCGCUGGCCGACAGCCUGUCCGCGGGGGGCGGGGGCGCGGCCGGGGCCGACGGGGACGCGGCGUCGGUCCUCAGCGCGCGGAGCCGCAGCGCCGGAAGCCCCGCGGGGCCCGCAGACGCCCUGUCCGUCGCCAGCAUUCAGAGCUGGAUCGCCAGCGUGGUCAGCGAGACCCUCGCCCUGAAGCAGGGGGAGACGCUGCUGCUGUGGCGCCCGCCGUCCGCGGCCGGCUGCCUGGGGGACGACCCGGUGUCGCUGCUCAGCGGACACGGCGGCUCCUCGGCGGGCGCCCGCCCGCUGCCCCAGGGCCCGCCCGGCUCCGGCUCCGACCCGCCCCGGCCGCCGGGCCCCAGGGCCGAAGGCCUCGGGGGCAGAGCCCGGGGGACCAGCAAGCCCGUCUACAGCCUCUUUGCUGACGACGUGGACCUGCAGGAGCUCGGCCGCAGGGAGAGGGAGAUGCAGACGGAGCUGAGGGAGAAGAUGGCCGGGUACCGGCUGGAGAAGCUGGCCUCCGACAGCAAACGGAGCUCCCUUUUCAAGAAGAAGGUGGUCAGGGAGGGGGACGCCGACGCGGGUGACAGGGACGAGGACGCCGACAGCGCCCUCGGCAGCCUCCGGCACUCCUCCCGCAGCACCUCCCGGGAACCCGAGACGGACGCCGCGCCCCCGGCUGCGCCUGGUGGCCGCGGGGGCGCCGUGGACGGCAGCGUCGCCAAGUGGCUCCGUGGCCUCAGGACGGAGCAGACAUCUCCUCCCCGGAGCGACGGGUCCGGAAGCGCCAGGGGGGAGUCCGCCCGGGCGUCCCUGCACCGGGAGGCGUCCAGCUACGAGUUCUGCAGGCGCCAGUCCGAGCGGCGGGACGCGUCCUCCUACCGCGAGGCGGGGGGCGGCUCGGUAAGGAGCGCUUCGCGGGCCUCCUCCUCCUCGACCAGGGAGGGCCGAGAGACGCACAGGUUCUCCAGGUCCGCGUUCAGCGGGGAGAGCCCCGAGCCCUCGGGAGGGGGGCGGUCCCCGGACCCGCGGCGUCGGACCUGGGCCCGGCCCAGCGCCUGGGAGGACGUGGAAGAGUCGUGCAGCUCGGACUUUUCUGACUUCGGAGCCAAGAGGAAGUUCACCCAGAGCUUCGUGAGGUCUGAAGAGGAGGGAGAGAAGGAGAGGACGGAGAACAGAGAGGAAGGGCGGUUUGCGGCAGGCCGGCGGUCCCGGUAUCGCAGAAGCACCGACGGGGAGGAAGAGGAAGAAGCGGACGAUGAAGCCGUCAUCGCCGCCUGGAGACGCCGCCAGGAGGAAACCAGGACUAAGCUGCAGAGGCGGAGGGAGGAGUAAGCUGGGCUUGGCGGACCCGGGCCACUGAGGGCGUGGGAAGAAGCCGGACAGCCUACCACGGGGUGGGGACACACUCGCCACCGCCCACCGAGGGACAGGGACGUGGAGAGGGUCAUCCUGGGGGCCAGAGCCUCCGUGAGGGGCACCGGGCAGCAGGGUGGCAUAGAGGAGGGGGGGGGGCGUCGGUGUGAGGUCGGAAUGCGAGGCCACCUGACACCAUUUUCUGUUGCCCAGUGUCCCCUUAAGCUUUGACGCGUCACUUGUGUAUUUGACAGUGUCCAUCGCCUACUGGAGAGGUGAGCUUGCCAUGGAACCCUAGCUGGCCGGAGACUUCGGCUUAUGACCAGGGAAUACCGAAUGCAGGACAUGGCUCCGUUUGUGGGUUUAUAAUGAGACCCAGGAAAUGUCUCCUGUGGCAAGGCUCACCUCUCCUGACAAAGCUGAGUUCCGGUUGUUUCUUUUCAGUGUUCUGGAUCUCCAUUAAAGUGCUAUGUUUUCGGGGCGCCUGGGGGGCUCAGUUGGUGAAGCGUCUGACUUCGGCUCAGGUCAUGA